AUGACCACCCGCUGGAUGGAUGCAGAGGCUGCACCAGAGACAGCCACGCCGCACACCAGCAGCGGCGCAAGCUCCACCGGUGCACCCGCGGCGCCCGCAGGGGCUGGCAACGCUGCCGCAGGAAGCGGUCGAUCGACUGGUGGCGGCCAAGAGGCAAAGGCUGCCGGCCACAUGCAGGCAUGGUUGUCGGAUGAUGAUGAUGAUGAUGAUGGUGAUGGUGAUGACGAUGAAGACGCGGCGUACGUGGCUGUUGCGCUGGCGGCGGCGGCUGCGGUCGAAGAGGAGGAAGAGGUGGAGCAGGCCGAGAACUCGAUCGGGAUCCACGACUUGCUUGCUUUUUCCGAUGACGGAAUGGGCCAGAGCGAGUCUGAUUCGGACGACGAGGAGGAGAUCAUCGACGUGGCCUCGUUCACCGGCUCACCCGACGAGGGCGCCAUCCUCUACCAGCUUCCCGGAGAAGAGUCGCUUGAGACGGAUCCGGAUGCCGAGCUUGAGGCCGAUGUGGCGAGCCAUCGCCACCCGGUCGUCGACAGCUUGACCUCGUGCGACGACGACGAUGACAACGACGGCGAGCUGGUGGUCGGCCUCUCCUCGGCGCCGCGUAACCACCACUUUUCCGAGCCGUCGUCCGGCGACUCGGGUGACUCGCCUCGUGACGACGCUGCUUUUGGUUUUAAUGGUGACAAUUCACCGGCAUCAUCGUCAUCGUCGUCAUCAUCAUCAUCGUCGUCGUCGUCGUCGUCGUCGUCGUCGUCAUCGUCAUCGUCGUCGUCGUCUUCCUCGUCGCAGAACUCACGCAAGCGCAAGCGCGGUAAGCGGAAGCGGAAGCGGAAGCGGAAGCGGAAGCGCCGCAAACUCAAGACAGCCGACACUUCGUCGCUCGUGGCCCGUGCCGAAGGCGGCGGCGACGACGAUGCAGUCGAUGUCGACGUCACCGGCGGGCUGAGCCGGCAGGAGCGGCGGCAGCUGCGGUCGCUUCGCCGAGGUGAGGAUCCGGGCGCUGACAUCGUGAGCACCGGCGGGCCGAUCGUUCAGCCGGGCGGCAUGCUCACCGUGGCCAGCUAUGAUGAGAAGGACUUUGUGGAAGAGCGCGACUCUGUGGCCAACUCGCAGUUCCUGUCCAAGCUCGGCGAGGCGCUUAGCUUUGACGAGAACGCCGGGACCGGGCGAAUGCUAGAGGAGAAUGGAUAUGGCAGCGGACGGCGUACACAGCGAAGGGCGGAUGCGGCGAGCCAGGCCGCGGAGCAGGCCAUCCUGCAGCCGUCGCUCUACACGCAGUAUGUGCCUGUGCCGGUCAAGCCAACCGGGUACGUGUACGACGAGAGCAUGAUGGACCACUUUGAUCCGAUUGCGCCGCAUCCCGAGGCGCCGCAGCGGAUUCUGCAGAUCUACCAGCGGCUCAAGGGCGCGGGUCUGCUGAAGCACUGCGUGCGGGUGCCUGCGCGCGCAGCGCGGUGGCGCGAGCUCCGACGGGUCCACACCGCCAACCACCUCGAGGUCAUGUUCAUGCUCCUGGAAGCGUCGAAUCGGCAGCGGAUGUUUGCGGCGUCGCUGUACAACUCGAUCUACAUGAACGAGGCGUCGGUGACGGCGGCGCUGACGUCUGCCGGCUCGCUACUGCAGGUGACGCAGUCGGUGGCCGAGGGCCACCUUCGCAACGGCUUUGCGCUCAUUCGCCCGCCGGGCCACCACGCCGAGCCCAAUUGCGCCAUGGGUUUCUGCUUCUUCAACAACGUUGCGGUUGCGGCGGCCAAGGCGCUCGAGUACCCGCACAUCUCGCGAGUCCUCAUCCUCGACUGGGACGUGCACCACGGCAACGGGACGCAGAACAUGUUUUAUGAGUCGAAGAACGUGCUCUACAUCUCACUUCACCGGCACGACUACGGCACGUUCUUUCCGUCGCAGCCCGAUGGGCAGCCCGAUUAUGUGGGCGCGGGGCGCGGGACCGGGUACAACGUCAACGUGGCAUGGAACGACGGCGACAUGGGCGACGCCGAGUACAUGGCCGCCUUUCACCGCGUCGUCAUGCCCAUCGCCUCGCAGUUCUCGCCGGACCUGGUGUUCAUCUCGGCCGGCUUUGACGCCGCUGAGGGAGACCCGCUUGGCGGAUGCGCCGUCACCCCGCUUGGCUACGCUCACAUGACCGCCGCGCUCGCCUCACUCGCUGGCGGCCGGGUCGUUGUUGCCCUCGAGGGCGGGUAUGACCUGACGGCCAUCUCGGCGUCGAUGGAGGCGGUCGUCCGGGUCCUUCUCGGCUACGCGCCCGAGGCCUUUAACCCGCGCCUCAUGCGCCCGCGCGAGAUCGGCCUGCAGGCCAUCACCGAGGCCGCCCGCGAGCUCCGGCCGUACUGGCAGUCUCUUGCGCCGGGUUCGACCCCGGACCCGACGCGCGCCGCUAUUCUCACCCGCGAGGCCGCCAUUCACCUGGCCGAGCGCGAGGAGGCGCUCCGCGGUGAAACACCGCCGCCGGCCGACCCGGGCGCUGACGGCGUCGAGGUCGACGACAUUGUCAUCGCGUACCACCCGGACCCGGCGGUCAACUCGGCCAUCCUCCACGCCCGCGAGCACUACCGCCGUCACAUCACGCGCGAGCUCCGCGAGCUCACCGCAACCUCACGCCCGCACCUCCAUCCCGACGACCAGCCGCGGUCGCCUGACGCGCGGCCGGCGGCGGCGCGUGCAGCGCCGGCGGCUGCCGCGCCUUCAGCUAGCGGCACGACCAUCCUCGACAUGGUCUUUGAGGAUGAUGAUGAUGAUGACGACGACGACGGCACAAAUGGCUUUGCCGCGGGCGACUGGUCAUCAACCUCGUCUGCGCCUGCAGCCAGCCCGCCUGCGGAUGCGUUUGCCCAGUUGUCGUCGGACUCGGACUCGGCCUCGGCCUCGGGCGAGGGUUCGGGUGAUGGCUCGGGCGAUUCGUCAUCGUCGUUCUCGGAGACGACCUCGGCCUCUUCGGCGUCGACCUCUUCUGAUGCUCAGCAGAAGCCCGCCCGCAAGCGCCAUCGCGCACUUGGCGAGUAGUCGAGCAGCCGAGCAGCCGAGUAAAAAGUAUACGUACCGA